AUGGAAUCGCCUGUGGCCAUUUGUGGUCUCCUUUGCCUGCUGUUCAGCCAAGCUGUCCCCAUGUGUGUGCCCACGGACUACACUCUGUAUGAGGAGAGACAUGAAUGUGACUUCUGCAUGGCCAUCAAUACUACCAUUUGCAUGGGUUUCUGCUACUCAAGGGACAGUAAUAUGAAGGAGCUGGCCGGACCACGUUUCCUGAUCCAGAGAGGCUGUACCUAUGACCAGGUGGGGUACCGUACAGUCAUACUGCCUGGUUGCCCACUCCAUGCCAACCCUCUCUUCACCUACCCCGUAGCCCUCAGCUGCCACUGUGGCACCUGCAACACAGACAGUGAUGAGUGUGCCCACAGGGUCAGCAGUGGAGACAGCUCCAGGUGUACCAAGCCACUCAGACACAUCUACCCAUACCCUGGCCUGCACAACUACAUCCACCCCAACUAA